GUCUUUCUUGAGGGUCACACCACAGGUGACAAUCGAGCUGAAAAAUGAAGUUUGAUGCGCUGUGCUUCUCUGCUGUCCUGCUGAUGUUCUUUCUGUUCUCUACGACUGCAGUGCAAGCUGCAGUUAUUCCUGAAAGCUGUUUAACUACUACAAAUACUAAAGUUCCUAUGAAAAAUCUGAUAAGCUACUUUAUGCAGCGCACACCCUUGUACUCUGUGGAUGCUGUGAGAUUUCUUACAGUCAAGCGGCGUAGAAUCUGCUCAGAUCCAUCCUCACCAUGGGCCAAAAAGGCAAUAGAGUACCUUGAUAAAAAAGAAAACAGAACAAAACUAGUAUGAAAGAUUUUAAUAAAUAUUUAAACUUCCAAUAUUUAACUCAAGAAACCUAUACAAUUAUUUUUGGAGGAAAAUUAACUUUGUUGCGGUUGUGAUGUUUAAUGUUUUUCAUUCAAAUAAGAUUUUAUAUUGUUGAUAUUGUUUUUUGUCUCCUCCACAAAGGAGUGUCUUUUGUACUUUUGUUCUCCGUAACUUUAUUUGAGUGUUAAGAGGUAAUAUUGUUGAAUAAAAAUAUCAGAG